UCAGAAAACCCUGAGCUGGAAACGAGCUGCGGUAGCUGCCUGUGCGCACCUCUUUACUCAGAUCCCUGUGGGCCGUUAUAGCCGGUAGGCGUGCGGCGACAGAACCAGGCUGCACAGCGUGAACUAAAAAGCCCCCAACAGUGGAUUUAUGAGACAGGGAAUCUGCGCUUAAUCCUGAGCACGGCGUGAGAAGAUACAGUUAAUUUUGGGGGGAGCCAAAUAAAAAUAAUAAAAAAGGUCCUGUCCUGUCCACAUUGGCCCCCUGCGUUAGGACUGGGAAGAGACGGGACCUCCGCGCUGUGAAGAGUAGCUCCUGUGCCGUGCAGCAGUUCGCGGAGAGCAGCCACAGACUCAGCAGACGCACUGAAAGGGCAGGAGGCAGUGAGGAAGGUGGAGGAUAUUUUACGCACAGCAGCGCUCUGUAGCCCCUUUUGACACGCGGCUACUAACUGGGAGUCUCCUGCUCCGUGUAGGACUCACAACAGUCGCUUCGCCUCUUUGUCGGAUUUGCACUUGACUAAGUCCACAUACAGCGGUCGGCUGGGAUGGAUUCCUUCAUCAUAGCGGCUCUGGCACUGUGCUCUCUGACGGCACCAGCCUAUGGGGACAAAGGGACCAGCAAAGCCCGGAGUUGUUCGGAUAUCAGGCAGUUUUAUAGCGGGAAAGGAUACUCUCUUGAUGGUGUCCCUCAGUCUGAAAUAUCAGGAGAGCACCUGCGCAUCUGUCCCCAGGGUUACACCUGCUGCACUAGUGACAUGGAGGACAACCUGGCCAUGCUGAGCCGCAAGGAGAUGGAGGGACUUCUCAAAGAUGCUGGGCGAUCCUUACAGACCUCCCUCACUGGACAGUACAAGGUCUUUGAUGGUUACUUCAUGGAAUUGCUCAACCGCUCUGCACUUAGCCUACAGGAGACUUUCCCUGCGAAUUGGGGUUCAGUAUACACCCAGAACUCCCAGAUCUUCUCAGAGCUAUACACAGAUUUGAAGAACUACUAUCGAGGCGCCAGCGUCAACCUGGAAGAGGAGCUCAACGAAUUCUGGACCAGGCUGCUGGAGAAGCUGUUCUACCAGGCAAACAAGCAAUAUUUCAUAGGUGAGGACUACCUGGAGUGUUUGUCUAAGCAAAUAGAGACGCUACGGCCUUUUGGCGACACACCCCGUAUAAUCAAGGUGGUGGUCACACGCACAUUUGUGGCAGCACGUUCCUUUGUUCAGGGGCUGAUGGUCAGUGGGGAGGUGGUGCGCAAGGUGUCUCAGGUGCAGCUGAGCCAGGAGUGCAUGCGGGCCAUGAUGAAGAUGACUUACUGUCCCCACUGCCGCGGCAUGGCCUCCGCCAGACCUUGCGCCAACUACUGUAGCAACGUGAUGAAGGGUUGUCUGGCCAACCAGGCUGACCUCAACACAGAGUGGAGGCAUCUGGCAGAAACAAUGAUCCAGGUAGCUGAUCGCUUUGAUAGCCCAUCUGGUGUGGAUAGCGUGAUCCUCUCCCUUCCUGGUCGCAUAUCGGAAGCCAUGUUGACCAUGAUGGAUAAUAUAGAGACCAUCAACAGCAAGUUGUUCCAGGCAUGUGGCAGCCUCAGAGAGGGAGGAACCAGCAGCACCGGAGUUGAUGAAACCAUGAAGAGAGGGAGGAUUACAGUGGAGGACAGACUGGAAGCCAGCUCGAGCAAAAUAGACAAACUGGUGUCUGAUGUAACUGGGAGACUGAGGGACUUGAAGCCAUACUGGGUUUCUCUCCCAAGUAUGCUUUGCAGCGACAGAGUGGCCACUGGAACAGGUGCAGAGGACAAGUGCUGGAAUGGAAUGAACCGUGCCAGGUACCUUCCAGAGGUGAUGGGCGAUGGCUUAGCGAGUCAGAUCAACAACCCAGAAGUGGAAAUUGACAUCACCAAGCCAGACAUGACAAUACGUCAACAGAUAAUGCAGCUGAAGAUCAUGACGCACCGUCUGAAGAAUGCUCUCAACGGCCAGGAUGUGGACUUUCAGGACACCAGUGAUGAUGUCAGCGGUUCAGGAAGUGGCAUGUGCUCCGAAGAUAUGUGUACCCGGGGCCCACGCCUUGUAGACCCCAUCACCGACCAGCCCAGACGCUACCCCUACCCUCCAGAAAACAAGAAGGUGAAAGCCCUGGGCAACCAGAACCUCCCCUGCAUCACCAUUUACCUGCUUUCACUGCUCAUUUUUCUGCUCCGGCGAUAAUUGAGGGGGAAAUCUACCAACUGGGACUGAGUUUGGGACGCAGGGAUGGGGAGAGUCCGAAAGGGGAGGGAGGAGAAUUUGGGGUUAGUUACUUUGCCAAAACUAAGUAAUUAUAAGGAAACAACAACAAAAAAAAUCACUUGGAUGGACUUUCUUUUGGUUUUGGAUUAGAACAAAAUGGAAUUAUGAGUAUUCAGAAAUGUUUUGGUUCUGCUCUUGUCUUUUAUUUCUUGCUAUAUUAUGACACCAUUAGAGCUGGUCUUUUCGCAUCUUCUAAUGUUUUGUUUCUGGUGUUUGGGUUCUCUGAGAUUAUAUCUGUACCUAAGACAUGUGUAAGACUAUAUUGCUAACAGUAUGUCGGUGUUGACAUGACAGCGAGAGGGAGAAUGGGGCUUUGCAGUGGCACUCAGAUACAUAUAAUUGUGAUCCCACUCUUUUAAAACAGCACUUGUUAAAUGUUAAGUAGAAUUAUUUAUUUAUUAACAACUCACAGCAGACCCCAGAGUGGUUUAAUCACUCCCCAAUAUUUAUCGAAAAAGAACACAAACCACAAACUUAAAUGAAAUAAAAUAUUGAUGACUUUUACGGGAGGAUAAUCUGGACGUCACAACCCACCAGACCUCUUAAUGCAUUAAGCCUCACAACGUUGUUACACUUACGCACACUCUCUCGCAGGGAGGAUGAGAGCACUCCGCGUCAGCACUUUUUUCCAUUUAAGCUGUAAUAAUAGCCGUGAUCACAUUCACACUGACAUGAUCGUCUAAUGUAGAAGUAACAUGACCCACCAUCCACCACUCCAUCAACCCACUCAUCCCUACACCCCACCCCCACCCCCACCCCCAACCCCCUCACCACCACCACCACCCCUGCUGAGGCAGAUCUCCCUCUCUCUCUCUCUCUCCAAACCCUGCUGGCAGUGUAGGAUCAACUCGAGAGUCUGGUGUAAGCAAAACACAUGCUAGGCCGGGCCAGGUCUCAGAUGACAGCAGCGUCCCACUAUAGAGCACUGUAUGUGGAGUGGGGGUGUCGGUUAAAGAUCGCCCUCGCAGCAAAGGAUUGACAGUUUUUGAUUUUGGAAAUGUGUAGCAGAACAGAAACAUAUACAGAAGCAGAAACACUGCUGUCAUGUAGCGCUUUUUUUUUUUUCAGUAUUCCUUUCAUGUGCACAGCAAAGCAAAAAUAUGAUAUGCAUAAUUUUGUGUGCUCCCUGCAAAGGCCCAGUGUUCCUGUGAUUAGCAUCAUAAUUGCAACCAGCAGUGUCAUAAGUUUUUGUCUAAUUGCAGCAAUGAUCCAUAUCACAGUAAAAGCCAUACCAUGCACGUCUUUCAGUAGUUCUACUAUUUCUAUGGCAGACACAGCAGUGUACAUAGUUUUGAUUGCUUCUUUGUUGUUUUCUAGAGAAAAUAGUCAAUUAGGUAUCAAGAUUUUAUAAUGGCCAGACACAUUGUAUGCUAUAACUCUGAUUUCCUUCAUCAUCUGUCAUAGUGUAUUCAUAUCUGCCUUCCAUUUUUCUGCAACUUUUCUAUACCAGUGCCUCUUUUUUUCCACCUCCCCACCAACUCCCUCUACCCUUCUCCUAGCUCAUCAGUUAUUAUGACCUUUAAAACGUUCCUCAUGCUUCUACAUGAUGGCAAGGCAAUAUGACAAUGACACAGUGCUUCAUUAUGUGUCAACCUUAGUGGGAAUGUUGUGGGAACACAGUGUGAGGCUUUUCCUGAUGAGAAGCUUGCUGGGGAGGAAACACGUACCACAUUUUAAUUCAAAGAAAUGUCAAAGCUCUCAUUUAAGAACGCUGUGUGCAGGAUGAUGGGACGAUGCAUGCAUGCGUGUACGUGUUGAUGUGUCUGUGUGCGAAUGUGCGCUGAUUGUCUUUGAUUGAUAGGGAAAAAGAGGGGACGGACGAUAGAGCCUUUAAAAAUCUUGCUUGGAUGCCACAGAAAUGAAAUGUAUUAAAAUGUGUUGGACGAACAUUGUAUGACAGAGUGCUAUUCAACAGAGCAGUGGGAGAUUAAUAUAGCUAAUUUUUCAAACAUGGUAUUUUCAGCCUGCUACUGUAAUAACUCCCAGUCUAUACUGAUGCUGUCUGUACUUGUCAGUGUUGUAUGUGACAGAGAAAUGGAAUGUGGAGGAUGCAAACAGACAUGCCUUUAAAAGUACAUUAUUGCUUCAGUUGUACACUUGGACAAUCCACUAUAAUUCAUUCAGUGAAAAAGAUCUAUAUGCAUCUGAUGAAGUAGUUUGGGACUCUGUCAACGUUUUAGAAGCACAUCUGUUAGAUACUUGGUUAAAUACUGCUCUGAAAAUGGGUGAGGUUGUUGUCAUAUGUGUCACCUGACAGGUUGUUAUGAUGGUAUUUUCUGUCUUUGACAUGCUUUAUUAAUGAAUGCUUUGUUGCUCUGUG